GACUGCAGAGAAUUUCUUAAAGCAGUGAAUACUAAACUUGCUUCUAAACCAAAGGGUUUUCACAUUUCUGUGUUCGUCUCUAUUUCUCAAUGAAUAUGAGUUACAGAUACCACUAGAUGCAAAUCAUCAAGGAUUUUGGAUUGGCUUUAACCUUUGUAGCAGAAGUAUAUCUUUCCACACUUUACAAGAUAAUGAACAUCAGUCCCUUCUUAUGAGAUCUAGUAUACUAGCCAGUGAUGCCAAAAAUUUCCAGAAACAUACAUAUGAAACAACAAAUGUUUCUGAAAAUGAGGUAGAAGUAUAUAAUCUUGAAGUGAAAAAUGCAAGAAAGUUAUUAACAUUGACUCUAAAAAAUACGAUCACCAUUUGUAAGAAAGAAGGGAAACAAAUUAAAUUAUAUUUUGAUGCUGCAUCAGAUAUCCUUGAUAUCACUCAACGAAUUUAUGGCACAGAAAAAUAUAAGGGAUUUAUCAGGAAGCAAGCAAUUUCUACUGCCAAAUCAACAGUGCAUGUCAUUUUUGGUGAAGAGCAAUCACAGAUGCUAGUUCCAGGAGGUCACAGUUCACUUGUGGAAGAGCAGAAAGCCAACAGAAGAGAGCCAUUAGCUGUAGCUAUAGGAGUUACUAAUCAAGAGGACAGCAGAUAUAUUCAGCACCAAGGGAUUACUCCUAAAAAAGUGAAAAUGUCACAAGCAGUGACAGUGAUUUGUAACAAACACAGAUUUCCUGACAAGAGCACAAAGGAAUCAAGCAAGAAAUCAUCCCAACAAAAGAAAGGAACGAAGUUGCCUUCGAAAGUGCUUAAUUCUGUGGAAAGAACUAGCACUCCCAAAAGACCACAAAAGCGAGGCACAGUUGCUAAGAUUUCAGAAUUGAUACAGAAUGAUGCCUAUGAAAAUAUUGAUGGAUUGUUGGAUGCCAUGUCUGAAUCAGUGGCAGUGCCCAGAAAGAAUAAACCUUUAACAGAAAGAAAAUCUCCCAUAAAUACUGAGAAUAUAAUGAUGACCAGCAAUUUGAAUAAUGAAAGUUGUGCAAAAGGGCCUGCUAUUGCAAAGUAUGCUGAAGGUCCCAGGAAAUCUGGAAGAGUAAUGACAUCUGAGUUUAAUGACCAUAACUGGGAAAUUAAAGAAAUGAAAAAUAAAGCAAUGGAGGGAGAAUUUAAUGCAAAAGCAGCAUUAUUUCUAAACAAAAUUAAUGACAGAUACAUUCAACAAGAGGAGUUAGCGCCUUCAAGAAAAGCCAAAGUACCUCUAGCUGAAAACAGAACCUGUUUAAAUAAAUCUGAUUUACCUCUUAGUAAGGAAAAACUUAUGAAUAAAAGCAGUAGACAGCAGGUGAAAACUACAUCUAUUAAUGUGCUAGACUGUGUGUCAAGUGAUAUUUAUGACUUCAAUGUGAAUGGAUCUGAUGACCCUACCAUAAAACUCCAAACCAAAAGAGAACAAGAAAAGAAGCAGUCCUUUAGGGACAAAGACUCAGAUCAGAGAGGUGGUGACAGGAAUGGAGAUAGCCGUUGGCCGAAGGAAUCAAACCAAAACCUUAAGCAACAGCAAAUAGAAUGUAGUGGAAAUAAAACUGCAGAGAAUCCUAAACAUUUGGUUGCAAAAAAACCUUCCCCAUCUCCAGUUCUGCCAGUGGAAAAGGAGCAACUACAACCAACAAAGGCACCAGUAUACAUAGAAGUAGAUGAGACUAUUGAAGCACCAGUAGCCAAACGUUCCAGAAGAGCAACAAUUACAACAAAAAAUUAUAAGGAUCUUUCAAAUUCUGAAUCAGGAAGUGAACAGAAAUCUUCACUAAAGUUCAUUUCCAAUGAAAAUAAUUCACCAGAGAAAGAAAACUUCCCUACCCAAAGUGAGGCUAUGCAAAGUAAAAAUCUUCAAGAUAUUGUUUCUCCUCAUUUAAAAGAUGGGAAAGAAUCACCAAAAAUUUCAGAUUAUGAAAAAGAAGUACAUCUUGAAGUAUCAGCUAACCUCUUGGCUGCAAGUCCAUCAUCUAUAGAGAAAAUGAGAUGUGCAGAGAAAGUAACCGAUGGAAGUUAUACCCAGGAAUAUGAUCAUUCAAUAAAGGCCUCACAACUUUAUCAGCAAAAUUCAGCACCAGAAAAAGAACCCUUAAACCAGCCCAAUGUUACUCAAGUAAUCAUGGAUAAAAUUGUAAGGAAUGCAAAUGACACUGAGGUCCUAGUUCCUGCCUUGGAAGCAACUAUCAAUUCUGAAGAUGAUAGCAGUUGUAGUUUAGAAGGCAAUCUUAGGGAAUCUGAACAGAAGACCCAUAUAAAUGUUUCACAAAAUACAGGAGAGGAAUCAGUGUUGCCAUUUGAAUUUUCCAUGUUGAGCAGGAAGAGAAAAAAGCCAUGGGAUGCAUCUCUGGAAGAUGUUCAUGAGUCAGAGCCUAUCAAAAGCCCAACUCUUACAAGGAGGUACCCUAAUGAUGGUCAGAGUGAUUAUGGUGAAGUGGAAAUGAGAGAAGACAGUGAAGCUGCGGAACCAAGCGUGCUUCCUAAAAAGUUGUUUAAACCAGCGGAUACAGCCUCUAUUUCUCACAAAGUUUCAGAUAGAACGUCCACAAUGUCAAGAAACGAUGUUUCCAUUCCUGGGGAGGAAUGGGAAUCUGAUUAUUCAAAUAUUGGGUCUCAACAAUUCAGUAAAGAAUUUCAGACCCACUCCAGUAAAGUGGAGGAUUUCACCAAAAAAUCCUUAGAACUGUUUCAGCAUCACAUGACAAGAAUUAGCAGUCAAAUUUUCAAGUACAGGAUGAAAGAACUUCAUGACUGUCAGCUCAUUUUUAAGGCAGAGAUGGAGAGGUUCGAAAAGGACAUUGAGUCACUGAUAAACUUGGAAAAUGAAUUUUUGGAUUAUUUGAAAAAGAAUUUUGAGAGGUUCUCUGUAUGUCAGGAAAGUGAACAACUGAGGGUUACAGCUCUGAAAAAUGCAAUGGAAACAUUUUUCUUAAACACCGCUGAACAAGAGAAAAAUAUUUUUACUACUGAGAUGGAGUUGAUGAGAGAGGGCUUGAAUGCACUUCGUGAAAGUUUUCUUAAGGAAAUAGCAAGUGCAUGUAAAGAAGAGGAUGUCCUCCAUAUUCGCAGAGGAGUAAUGUCAUUGUUAAUGCAGAUUGAAGAAAAACUAUAAUGCAUCAGAUUUGUUGUCUUAAUCGUUAGAUGCUGGGCUUGUAAUUUUCUAUUCAUCGAUACUGUAAAUCAUCUAAGAACAAUGCAAGCUCCAUGUGGAUAUUGAAGGUGGCCAUGUGAUCAAGGGAAUUGUAAGGCAGCACUCUCCCUCCACGCAUUUCAGUUGCCAUAGCAAUUUCUACCCUCAGGGACCCAACAUGGCAUUACCAAAGCAUAACUCAAUUUUAUAGGAGUAUUGUCCAUUUGGAAUUUCACUUUUGCCCGUUAUUCCUGAUUUCUUUCUGUCACUCCUCCAUCCCUUCAUCUGAGGGAUAACCAUCAGUGGUUGGACAUUUUUUUCUCAUUCAUUUCAUGGGUGCAAUUAGAAUUCAGUGUUCUUCAAUAAAUUGUUCCCUGCUAGUAAAAAUAUCUCUGGUGUAAAAACUAGUCCUUGCACAGCGUGCAAAUUAGUAUAUUUUUACAGGAGUAUUUAGAAUCUCCGUAGAUGUCAUUGUCAAAGAACAGUUGAAAAAGCUACUGACUGUCACUCUUGUUAUUAAAAUUAAAUAUCUGGUCAAAUUAUUCA